CAUUUGUCAUCACUCAAAGAGUAGACAAGUCCGGUCAAAUUUGCUGCACCUUGGCCUGCACCUUCCUCUCUAAUUCUUCACCCUCUUAAUCUUAAGCCUCCUCCCUCGUACCCCUUGUAAGCACAACAACACAAAAACAAAUACUUGUUUUUCUUUUGCAACAAGACCACAUAUAUUUGAUCGAGCUAGCCAGAAUCCGCAAAUCAUCAUAGGAUCCAACAUGGGUUUUUCCUCAAAAGAAGAGAAAUCCAAGAGGAUAUUGAGGGGCUUCAAGACUUUGUUCUUCUUGAUCACUAUGGUUAUAUCGCUUCUUCUCUUCUCAGCCCCAAUUCUCCUCGUUAUUGCCGAUGCACUUCUUCCUUCUGCUCUUCUCUCCACUCUCUCCCCUUCUUCCUUCUCCUUCGAAAAUCUAGCUUCCCAUUUCCACAACUACGAUUUUCGUUACUCCCUCAUUGACAUACCCCUCGUCUCCUUAAUUCGAUCCUUCAUCAUCUUCUGUGUUUAUAGUUUGUGUGAUGGACCAAGGCUUUCGCGAGGGCCUUAUUUGGGGAUCACGACGAUGUGUUCCGUUUUGUCUCUGAUGUUCGUGUCGUUCAAAGCCGUUUACAUCUUCAGUGUUUCUGGUUUCGAUCGAAGUGGGUAUGUCGGAGCCACUCUGUUCGUGUGUUCUUGUACGUUGGCAGUGGGGCAUGUUGUCGUGGCCUACAGAACAAGUUGCAGGGAAAGGAGGAAGCUUUUGGUCUACAAAAUUGACAUUGAAGCUAUUUCGGCUUGCAAAAAUGGGUAUCCCAGGUAUCCCAAGAUUCCUCAGGAAGAAAGAAUCAAAUGAUCGAUGGAUCUCACUCUGCCGUAAAAGAUUAUUAAAGCAAAUUAAUCAUAUCAUUUAACCGUAUAUAUAGAUUUUCAGCUAACAGCUUCAGCAAUAUUCAUAUUAUAUAUGAUGAAUAUGAAUGUUCUUGCGUGCGUCAAGGGAUGCUACGGUUUAUCCAAAGGAUGCCAGUAACCUUGACACCUAACUUUCUAACCUUUGAUACAUCGGUUUAUAGUUUACACUCUACGGCUACCAUGAUACAUAAAGUUGUUGAAUGGUGUUUAGGUAUACUAUUGUGUACGAUAGAGGUUCAUCUUUGGCCAUUUAUGAUAACUUUUUUGUUUUGUUAUUCUUAUAUAUUUUUGCUUUGCAAUUGUUUCGUGUAUAUCUUCUUGUAUAUAUAAAAGUGAAUGGAUUGUUAUAGUACUGGAUUCUUAUUAAGAUGUGUACUUGAUUAAUUAGCACUAA